AAUAGUAUUUUUCGACAACUUUUUCCUUAUAAAAAAUAAAAUAAGUUUUAAUAGUAAUAAUAAUCAGGACAUCUCUCCCGACAGUUUGGUCGCCAAUGACAACUACCGCUGUCGCAGCCGCCGUUCCGUGCAAUGACUGGCCACCGAUUGGCCAUAAAAUUUGCCAAAUCGGCAAUACUAUGGCUGGUUGUCGUUUGGAUCAUGUUUUUGGUGACCACUGUCUGGAAAAGUUAUAAAACAAAAAUUAUUAUUAACCGUACGCUAGUCGUCGACAAUAAUACUAAUAAUAAUAGCGGAUCACAUCAUAUCAUAUUGUUUUGGACCAAAUAUUUUGGCUCCCAAUUGACGGAAACCGGCCGAUUGGUUAGCGAUGAUGGCCACAACAACUGUAUGCAGCCGCGUUGGUGGUCACAGUUUGAUGAAACAACCGAUGAUAAGGAGCUGGCGUUUGGCGUCCCAACAACAACAACAACACCGCCGCCGCUAUCACAAUGUAUGGUCACAUCCGAUCGAUCCUAUCUGUCAGUGGCCGAUGCCGUAGUGUUUCACUGGCGCGAUAUCAACAUCGACGAUAUGCCGCCCGUCCGCCAUGGCCACCAAUUGUGGAUACUGUACAAUAUGGAAGCACCCACCCAUACAAACAAUAUAUUUAGCUUAGACAGCGAUGGUGGCGGUAGUAGUGGUGAACUGGCGUUCAAUUGGACUGUAACUUAUAGACAGGAUUCCGAUGUCUAUGUUCCGUACGGCCAACUAGUAAAACGAUUAAAACCGAUUGCGGUAUUACCUGAGGUCAACUUUAUUGGCAAAACUCGUACGAUAGCCUGGUUUGUUAGCAACUGCGAAACACCCGGUCAUCGGGAACAGUAUGUCAAACAACUGAGCAAAUAUAUUGACGUCGAUAUUAUCGGCAAAUGCGGUCAACAACACUGUGAUCCGCCGCGCAGUCGACAUUGUUAUGAAAGAAUAGCCAAAGAUUACAAGUUUUAUCUGUCAUUUGAAAACAGCAUUUGUCGCGAUUAUGUGACGGAAAAACUUUUUGCACCACUAAAUCACUAUAUUAUUCCCGUAGUGUUCGGCGGAUCCGAUUAUCGCCAAUACAUGCCAUACAAGUCGUACAUCGACGCCAACGGCCAGUCACCUCAACAGUUGGCCCGAUUGUUGCAGAGAUUAGCUGGAAAUCAAACUGAAUACUUAUCCUAUUUUGAUUGGAAACAGUAUUUUACUGUCAUCGGUGGUGAUGAUGAUGAUGAUGAUGAUGAUGACAAUGAUGGUUGGACUACUAUUAAUGUCCGAGCCAUGUGUCGCUUAUGUCGAUCAAUGAAUAGCCGAACACUACUACCACUGGCCAGUCAUGGUAUUAAUAGUGGUCGUUUAGUACUUACUAAAAAAUUUUAUACUUCAGCUCAACUAAGGCACUGGUGGUUCAGUGAAUCCCAGUGCAAAGCCUGGACGGAUAUUGAACGAUAUCAAUAA